GGAGCUUGGAGGUGUGACAGAGUGGUGACUGCUUUGUUGUGACAUCACAAAGUUACAGAAGUCCUUACGGCUCAUUUUAAGGCUCAGUUUCUGAAUACAGGCUGUGUGCAUUUCUCUGCGGACUGAGCACUUUGAUACUUUCACAGUGUUAAUAUAGAACCUAGACCUGAUCUAUAAUCUACCUUUACACUAUAAACGACCUUUAAAACAGCUGCUGUGACUGAUGAGAUUAGUGACAUUGAACCGCACAGUUAAAUUUGAUAAAUGAGCUUUAACUGUUUCGAUGAUGCCCCUUAGGGCCCAAGAAUAUGAAUGCAGUUUUAUCCUUUAGGGAACGUAGAGUGACAACAGACCGGCACUGUGUGACCAUGAAUCCAGUUCGACUGUGUUCAGCAAAGUCCUAAAUGCCAGAAUCUAAUUUGGAGCAGCAGGAGCAUGUGCUGUUAAUUUAACUCUCAGUGAAAGGUCGUCUUCAGUUAGUGUCAUGCACAGUUAACCUCUCACUCACAGAUGUUUCUGUUUCCUGUUCUUAAAAAUACCACAAGCUGCACUCACUGUUUGUCUUUAUUCUUCAGUUAUAUUUGAAAAUGGCGAUUUAUAUGGUGUUAGCUGCUUCGGACUGAGACAAUACAAAAGACAACAGUAGUAAUUAUUUCCCUUGACAACAGGGUACUGAGGGUAAUGCUAGGCUGGAUUUACAUUGAAGAUUUGUAGGUUAUUUUUACUUAAGCAUGUUAAAGCUUUAAGUUUACUUUCAUUGCAUUAAUGUAAAUCUACAUGUUUGCGUUGAACAUUAAAGUAAAGCACAAUAGUGUUUCUCCCAGAGGCCACUUCAGUGAAAGAGAGGGUUAAGAAAAAAUCAAACAAAUGUGAAACCAAAGUAUAAAUAUAAAAAAAAAAUAACGUACAUCAAAAUCCCUCUCAUGCACAGAUCCUUGGUUUGGGAUAGGGUUGGGUCAGUGAGGUUCGCACGACGAUUCAAGCUGAUCUCAUGACGAGGUUGGCAGAGAAGGUGUCGCCCACACUGUGGGAAAACUGUCCGAUCUGCAGUCACACAUUCUUCUGCACAAACUGGACAAUGGCAAAUGCACAGGUGCCUGUUGCGACAGUCGGCCCAUUGGGAGACAGUCCGGUUCAGAUUGUCUGUCCUAAGUGCAACCAGACGGUCCUCACCAAGGUGGACUACAGCGCCGGUCUGCUCACCUACCUGUUCUGUGGCGGCCUCUUCUUCUGUGGCUUUGUUUUAGGUUGCUGUCUCAUCCCGUUCUGUGUGGACCGGCUGAGAGACGCCAAGCACACCUGUCCUACCUGCAAGACUGUUCUCGGCCUGUAUAAACGCUUAUAACUGAUGAUAGAGCUGCA